AUGGGGCAGGGGGACAGGUCUCUCCCGAUCGAGUACGAGUUGGAGGCUGCGCUGUGCGCGUUAAUCCGCUGCCUUCGGAGGGCGCCGAGGCGACUUGCGCCGCCACAGUACCCGCGCCUGCUCCUGGUGUGGCGCGUGGCCUGCCUCGUCCCCUACAGCGUCACUUUGGCCCUCGACUGCUACACGACUUGGGGCGCGUCGCUGGCCGAUUUUACGGCCUGGAACAUUACGCUCCAGGUGGUAUACUUCGUGUUGGCCAUCAAGAGCAGCGUGCGACCACGCGGCGACGACGUCCGUCUGGAUCUGCUCUUUGACGUGUGCCUUACGUCGGCACUGUCUAUGGCCUUUGACUUUUGGACGCUGCUCGCGACCCCCGACGUCUUGUCUGAACCUCUGUAUAAGGUCCAGCACGGCAUCACCGUGAUCUGCUUUGGACUCGAGUUUGCGCUCAACGACCGCGUCGUCACCCCUCGUCAUGUCGCGCUCGUUGCGCUCUGGCCACUGCUCUACGGCAUCUUUACAUGGGCGAGCCACAACGUGAUCCUGGACGGUGCCUGGCCGUACGAUUUUAUGGUCGUUGACCAGCCGACCGCGCCAUUUUGGUACCUCGGCAUUUUUCUACUCCAAGUGGCUUUCUUUACGCUGUGUCUGCUCGUCAGCCGCUUCAAGCAAUAUGCGCUCGAGACCCGACGCGACGACGCACGCUUCACCUCGUACGGCUCCGUGUAGAUCGACACUACUUUGUUUCUUGUACCUAGCCAACAAGGGUAUAAGUCCAAUCCUAACGCUGUCGUCGA